AUGUCUAGAGUAUCGAUCCUCGUCGGCGUAUUAAUCAUCUAAAAAAGCUUCCUUUAUUUGUCCUAUGAAAAUUUUGUUUUGACCAUCUAACUUGAAUCUCUUUUCCAUGGCUUUCUAUUCGAAAAUCCCAAGAAACAUUAUCAACAACCUUAAAUCAAAGGUCGGAUUAUGGAGUUUAAUGAAGCAGAGUCAUGGUACUUGUUCUUACAGCUCUUGUCUGAAUACCAUUCAUCUUCACCGUUUCCUCCCAUUAACUACUCUACCACAAUUCACAAACCCAGAUUCUAUUUCCCAUAAAAAAGGACAUUUUCCCCAUUUUCAGCGUUUUCAAUCCACUACAACUGAGAAACAGAUUGAUUCUGUCCCAAAUGGUGAACAAAGUCAGGUAUUGGAUUUUCCAGGAGGAAAAGUUGUAUUUUCUCCUGAGAUGCGGUUUUUAUCGGAAUCUCCUAGUGUGUAUUCCCAGUGCUACCGAGUUCUUGAUGAUAAUGGUCAGCUAAUUAGUCACAGCAACUUUGUUACGGUCAGUGAGGAAGUUGCUGUGAAAAUGUAUAGCAACAUGGUCACCCUUCAAACUUUGGAUACCAUAUUCUACGAAGCUCAAAGGCAAGGAAGAAUUUCCUUCUACGUGACCUCCAUUGGAGAAGAGGCUAUCAACAUUGCAUCGGCAGCGGCACUUACAUCAGAUGACAUUGUUUUCCCCCAGUACAGGGAGCCAGGAGUUCUAUUAUGGCGUGGUUUCACCUUGCAAGAAUUUGCAAACCAGUGUUUUGGAAACAAAGCUGAUUAUGGGAAAGGCAGACAAAUGCCUAUUCAUUAUGGAUCUAACAAGCUUAACUACUUCACCGUAGCAUCAACUAUUGCUACACAAAUUCCUCAUGCAGUUGGUGCUGCAUAUUCUCUGAAGAUGGACAAAAAAGAUGCAUGUGCUGUCACUUACUUUGGUGAUGGUGGCACAAGUGAGGGAGAUUUUCAUGCUGCUAUGAAUUUUGCGGCGGUCACAGAGUCUCCAGUCAUUUUUAUCUGCAGGAAUAACGGAUGGGCAAUUAGUACACCCACUUCAGACCAGUUUCGAAGUGAUGGGAUUGCUGUUAGAGGGCAAGCUUAUGGAGUCCGGAGCAUUCGUGUAGAUGGUAAUGAUGCACUUGCGAUGUAUAGUGCAGUUCACUCUGCACGUCAUAUGGCUGUAAAUGAACAUAGGCCCAUUUUAAUUGAAGCUGUUACAUAUCGAGUUGGACACCACUCCACAUCAGAUGAUUCCACCAAGUACCGUCCUGCCAAUGAAAUCGAAUGGUGGAGAAUGGCAAGAGACCCUGUAACAAGAUUUCGAAAGUGGAUUGAGAUAAAUGGUUGGUGGGGUAGUGAGGCUGAGUCACAGCUCAGAAGCAGCAUUCGGAGUCAGUUAUUGCAUGCAAUUCAGAUAGCAGAGAGAGCUGAGAAACCUCCAGUUAAUGACUUAUUCACAGAUGUAUACGAUAAUAUUCCGUCCAACCUGCGCGAGCAAGAGAAACUGCUGAAAGAAACCAUCAAUAGACACCCCAAAGAUUACCCUGCAGAUGUUCCGAUUUAGGUGAACCAUAUUUACUUACAAGCAGUGAUUACUUUUUCUCCAAAGCUUGAACUUGUGAUCCUGCAAUUAGUUACAAUAUGAAGCAGACUUAAUUAUGAUGAAGUAUUAGAAAGCAAGUAAGCUUUCUUGGAUUCAAAUGCCUGGAAUGAUAUAUCUCUAUUCGAUUUGACACUCCCUCAUUGCAGUGAAAAGGAUGAAAAAAGAAAUUUGUUUUUGGAUAAGUAAUUUUAUAAUCCAAAGAAGCAGGAUGAUAUGCAAUAUCAAGACAAUGUACUGUAUGAUGCAAGUAAAGGAACAAUCAAACAAUAUUCUACAUACGAUGCAAAAACAACAAGCAUAACAGAAUACUAUCUAGCUUGUUGCAGAAAAACUAAAUCUGAGAUUCUACAAGCCUCCCACAGUUCCGUAUUGGUUGAGUCUGCUGCAAUUCCCUGCAGACCAGAUAACCUCAUCUUGAUGGUAUCCUUUCAGGUCAAGUAGCUGCAUUACUUGCUGCUUCCCAAACUGCCUAUAUCUUAUGUUCCUAUCCUACCAAGUCUGGUAGAUGCAAGCUGCCGAAGCAAUCCUUCAACUUCGUUAUGCCCGACUGAGCUUCCCUUGCCAGUCAACAGCCGUCCUCUGAAAUAACUAUAGGAUUUGUUUCCAUAUUUCUUUGGAAAAGCUGCAACUAAAGAACGGGUCUCUUGGACUCAUUGUCCUGUCUGCAUAAUACACAAGGUGCUGCCAUCUUUGAUUCGCCAUUCCAUAGCCCUGUCCUUGGUUAUCUAUCAGGAUUGCCAUCGAAACCAUUAUGGCAAGCUUUGGUGUGUGUAGUUUGCACCAAAUCAACCGAUGCGACGCCACUUUCUGCUGCUUAGGCCAUGAUAUUGUUCCACGUUUAGGUAGUGGAUUGAGUUGCCCCCUGUCCUCUUCAGUCUGCUCCCAAGCAAUUCAUGGUGACCCUCCUGCAAACAUGGACCAAAUGACUAUUAAUUUUUUACACAUGCAUCAAGUAGUUAAUGUAUAUCUAGUACGUACAUGCAUCUUAUGACAAGCAAACAACAGAUUCCCAACAUUCUUUUCUUCUUCGGUAAAUGUAGCUUGUUGUUGAUUAUUGAGACAACCAUCUUUUUGCA